AUGAGAGUUGAUCUUCGAGCAAAUAGUUCUGAUAUUUCAGUGAUCAACGUCUACCUUCCUAAUGGCCAGUUCAGUGUGAAAGAGUGGGAUAAAGUUCUGGCUACGUUGCCCAGCAAGUUUAUUAUCAUAGGAGACUUUAACUGUCACAACCCGGCUUGGGGGUCAAGCAGGCUGUCAGCAGGCAAUAGAGUGCUUUUGGAGUGGUGUAACAACAACCUUUGCAUUUUAAACACUGGGAAGCCCACCCAUGUAAGUUCCGGAGAAAUCGAAUCCUGCAUUGACAUCGCUUUGUGCUCAGCCGAGCGUUAUGGUCAAUUGAAAUGGCAAGUUUCUCCUAAUCCCUUUAGCAGAGACCAAUACCCUAUAAAAAUUAGGCUCAUAAGUGAUAACAACUCCCCUGCUGCUGGCAAAGAGAAUAAUUGCUCACUGUGA